AUGGUAGUAGUAGAAUGUGCGGAUCUCACAGUGGAGUUGCAGCGCCUCCGUCUCUUCGUUACAGAUGCUCUAGAGAUGAAUAUAAAUCAAUGCUCAAGAAAUAUAGAGAACCCCUUACUCUUUUUAGAAGCCGCUCAAACAUAUUCUACUAUUUUAUCAAAAUGUGAAGCGCCUUUAUCUACUAUACCUGAUGGUUAUAAUACAACUCUGUAUGAAGCGGCUCGUGUAGGUGUACUUCUGCUUUCUGCAACAGAUGAUGCCAAAGAUAAUAAUGUGAUCGAAACUAUUCCAACAAAGUCCGCAUGUGAUUAUGUUAUUGAGGGUAUUGAACGUUUCUCUCUCCUCUUGCCUUCUGGAAGAUUAGUAGAGGCAGAAAUACAUGAAGAGAUUAUGACCAUGGUGAGUUUACUAGGGUAUACAGCUACACAAUGGCACUUACAGGAACGUGCAAUGACAUCUUCAGUUUCACCGGUUAUACAUGGUGGUGAUAAUAUUUCAUCACCCUCACAUCGAAAGCGUGUACGGAUAGACAAUUACCUACGCUGUGCACAGACACUGAUGGAGCGGGGAUCAUUCUCCUGUAGAGAUGCAGAACAACUUCUUUCUUCUUCUUCAUCUUCUUAUGGUGGUACACUGCAAAGGUUUCUUCUUCAUACGCUACAGGAAGAAUUUACACUCAUGCGGCAUCUCGCAAGUGGUGCGCACACUGCUUUGGUCAGUGAUGGAAUGGAUGAUAUUGGUACUACCGAAGUGAAUGAUAAAAGCUGCAACUGUUUAUCAUCAAAUGGAUUUUAUUACUAUGCUCCUCUUCCUUCGCUAUGGAAUAACAACACUGUACGACAUGGGCGAAGUGCCUCAACGGCAUCCGCUUUCUCUACGGGAUGUACAACACCACGCUCACGCCAUGGUGGAGAAGAACACGGAUGGCAAUUGCGUAGUAGUGGCAGUAAACGCAAUAUUGCUCUGAAUAGAAAUAAAUGCAAAAAUGGUACUUCUGUAGAAUGGGCGAUGACAGUUUUGGGAUUACUUGGUACAGGAAUUAUUUCUCUGCAGGAUCCGUACGACAACACGUCUGAUUUUGUAGAUUUUAUUGGGGAUUUAGUGAGUGUAUGCGCUAUUGUGGUGCUACCCUUUCUUACCGAGCAGUUGGAAUCUUUGGAAUUACAACAACAAGAGACGUCAUACCUAUCUAAUCUUCAAGAAACGCAGAAUAUUUUACUUCAUGCUGCUGACGAUAUGGUGAAGUACAGAAAAUAUGUUAAUGUAGUGAAAAACUUUCUCUCUCAUUGGGAUCCUUCAUUUGUUAGACCACACAUUCCACCAGCUGUACCGGUGGACGGAUCAUUACCCCCACCGUUAGAGUUGGUCGUAAAAGAAAAGGAUAAAGAAACACAAACAGAAAAAGAAGAAGAGUGUAAGAAAAAAGAGGUUGUUGCUACAUCAGAAGAAGUAGUCACCACAGUGAAAGAGACCAAACAAGACGAUGAGUUACAAUGGGAAUCUGUAGCACCGUCGUUGGCAGCUCAUCUCGCCUCUAAUACAGAUAGUAAUGGUACAAUGUCCUGGUCGCAGGUUGUCUCACUUGCUACUGAAACGAAGCAUUUCCGUGAGACAGAAGUGGAGAAAAUGUGGGGUAAUUGGGUACGAAUGCGUGGAGAAACAAUCGCGUUAGCCAAUGAGGUGGUGCGCAUGCAGAAGCGCCGUGAUGUUCUGCUGGAGGUAAGGUCACUUCUACUCCCUCCAAGCGGAUCUACUGAAGUAAAUUUGCAGCAAAAGUGGGAGCAGCAACUCAAUCAGUAUGAAAGGGAUCUUCAGGAAGCUCUUGUCAAGAGUAAACAGAAAUAA